AUGCAGUACAAGUCUACUAUUUUGGCCGCCGCCGCCCUUGCCACAUCCGCUUCCGCCGCGGUCACCGCGUCCGAGCCAUGGACCACACUGACCCCAACCGCGACUUUCAAGAGCGGUGCCACCUCCUACAGCGAGACCUUCGGCAUUGCCGUUGUUCCAUUGAGCAGCUCUGUCUCCACGGUGUCUGCGUCGACUUCUGCCGCUCACGCCAAGAGAGACGCUAUUUCGCAGAUUGGUGACGGCCAGAUCCAGGCCACCACCUCUACCACCGCCGCGCCAUCCAAGAAGACCUCCGCCGCCGCCAUCUCCCAGAUUGGCGAUGGUCAGAUCCAGGCUACCACCUCCACCGCUUCCGCUAAGAAGAGCUCUGCCGCUGCCAUCUCUCAGAUUGGCGAUGGUCAGAUCCAGGCCACCACCUCCACUGCGCCAGCCAAGAAGACCUCCGCCGCCGCUAUCUCCCAGAUUGGCGACGGUCAGAUCCAAGCUACCACUUCUACCGCCUCUGCCAAGUCUUCUGCCGCUGCUAUUUCUCAGAUCGGUGACGGUCAAAUCCAGGCCACCACCUCUACCGCCGCCGCCAAGAAGAGCUCUGCUGCUGCCAUCUCUCAAAUCGGUGACGGUCAGAUCCAGGCUACCACCUCUACUGCCGCCGCCAAGUCAUCCGCUGCCGCCAUCUCCCAGAUUGGUGACGGCCAGAUCCAGGCUACCACCACCACCUUGAAGCCAUCUUCCGCCGCCGCCAUCUCCCAGAUCAGCGACGGCCAGAUCCAGGCCUCUACCACCACUAACUCCACUGAAACUGCCACCGCUGCCUCUCAGGUUUCUGACGGCCAGGUCCAAGCUACCACCUCUGCUUCCUCUUCUCCAGCUUCUUCCUCUGACGCCUCUUCCUUCAUCGACUCUGUCUCCUGCAAGGCUGACGGUACUCUAGAGAUGACUUUGGAGGGCGGUAUCCUAAAGGACGGUAAGGGCAGAAUCGGUUCUAUCGUUGCCAACAGACAGUUCCAGUUCGACGGUCCUCCACCACAAGCCGGUGCCAUCUACGCUGCUGGCUGGACCAUCACCCCAGAAGGUAACUUGGCUAUCGGUGAGACCGACACCUUCUACCAGUGUCUCUCCGGUAACUUCUACAACCUGUACGACGAGUCCAUUGGUGCCCAAUGUUCUCCAGUCCACCUGGAGGUCAUCGAGUUGGUUGACUGUUAA